AUGGAUGUGGGCCUAUUCCUUGCAUUACCUGUCGAUAUAAGAACAUGGGUUUACUAUCAGCUGGACGGUAACUUUAGCUGUGUGACUCCUGAGCCCAUCGAGCAAUUAUACUCUGAUCAGAUCAUCAAGCUAGCAUCACAAGUAGAGAAGGAUAGUAGUGCUAGUCAGAAAUUACUAAAAAAGAGGCUUUAUGAUGUGUUUGCUCAAUAUCUGAAUAUCUUUGAUUACUCGCCGUCGCUAAUAAGCCGGUGGUUGGAAUAUUCUCUGUGGUUGCGAUAUGAUAGCAUUGUCCUCGACUGUAUGAGACUUAACCAUGCGUAUGGCGGGACCUUAAUAGGUCAAGUUGAUUGGAUUUAUCUAGACGGGCGACUAAGGUUAGCCUAUUUCAAGAAUUGCAUGCCAGUGGUGUGGUAUACGCUGCGGGAGUACGCAAGAUGGAUUAUCAGAGAAGAGACAGAGGACGACGAACUAGAUGGCGUCAGCUUUUUCAGGCUCAACUUGGAAUACUCAAGCCUAGAUUUUUUGAAAAGAAUCUUUAAGUCAAUGAGGAAUAAUGACCUCUUCUUACUUUUAAGCGAAGUGUUCCUCGAGGAAGAUGGGGAAACAGAUUUACCAGCUCUUGUCGAUGACGACGCCGAUCAGGUCGCAUAUCCAGUUGAGGAUUUGAGGGUGAUUGAGUUAUUAAGUAAGUUGGAAUCAAUGAAAAACCUGAACAGGAUAUCUGUUCGAGGGGAUCGUUUGUUCGAAGCGCUGAUUAACUUCCAUGGUGUGAGAGAUAAUCCAGGUAGAACCAUUAGUUACAUGGUCAAAAAAAGAAUUAUGCGUUUGGAACUCUGGCAACUUAACGAGCCGGCAAGGAGUGGCCUGGCGGACUUUACCAGGUGGGAAAAUCUUAGAGAACUCAGACUCGUCAAUAUAAAUACGAUUGACUUCAACAAGCUGGUGCUGCCGAGCCUUUGCAAAAUGAUAUCGCUAGAGAGCGUGUCUGAAGUUGUUUGGUGGGACCUGGAAAGCAAGAUAGGUUCCGUGAUCGAGGGAUCGACGAUCACUAGAAAACUAAAUGCUACUACAAAGCUGCGAUUUUUGGACCGAAAGUCGCUCAAGCCGGACAACUUGGGGCUAUGUCAGUCCAUAGUCUGGCAAGCAUUCAAACAUCUCAACUUUUUAAAGUUACAAAAUGUGACGACGGUUCGUGGAGGCAAGAUUGUGAUCCCGUGUGCAUUGUAUAAUAAUAGGAGGGUUCUGCUCUUCCCCACUACCUCCAGCGUGAAGGAGAUCAUCAUCAUUUGA